UCCUUAUUUCAUAUUUUUUAAUAAUGUUUUUUUCCUUUUAUAUACCUCCAAUAUUUUCUUGCUCUCUCGUGAAUCGAAUCGAAAUCCCUAUAAUUUUUUUUGUUGCCAAUUUAUCUACCCGAUAAUUUUUUUUUAUUCAACAAUGCCUGCAAUUGCCGAUCGCAAUUCAUCUCCUUUCAAGGAGAUGGUGGCCACCAGGAGCGGCGACAUCGCUAGAUUCAACGGCUGUUGCACUCCUCAGAAACGAAGUUUAAGGUCCAAUGCGGCAGCGGCGAAGGAGAGUCCAGUGUCGACGCCAAUGAAACUCAAAUCGCCUCGCCGUCGCCUAAACUCAAAUCCAAACAGCCCUGCAAAUGGAAUUAAGGGAGAUUUUAAUGAAAAACCAAUGAAGAAAAAUUGGAAUCCUAAAGAUUUUGAGCAAAUGAGGGCAGUUAAGGAAGCACUACAUGUUUCAACAGCUCCAUCAACUGUUGUGUGCAGACAAUAUGAACAAAAAAGGGUUUUGGAGUUUUGCAAGGUAUGUGUAGCACAAGAGAAAGCUGGGAGUUUGUAUGUAUGUGGAUGUCCUGGGACUGGGAAGUCGUUAUCUAUGGAGAAAGUAAAACAGCAGGUUAUUGAAUGGGCAACAAUGGAAGGUUUGCAGUCACCUGAAGUAUUAGCAAUGAAUUGUACUUCUUUAGCAAACACAUCUGAUAUUUUUAGUAAGAUUCUUGGGAAGCACCAGCCAAAGAAGAAACUUACUGGCUCAACAUCACCUUCACAACAUCUACAGAACCUGUAUUCUAGUAAGCAGUCACUGUCUGGCUCAAAGAUGAUGUUAAUUAUUGCUGAUGAGUUGGAUUAUUUGAUUACGAAGGACAGGGCAGUGCUUCAUGAUCUUUUCAUGCUUACAACAUUUCCAUUCUCUAAAUGCAUAUUGCUAGGGAUAGCAAAUUCCAUUGACCUAGCUGAUAGGUUUCUUCCAAGACUCCAGUCUUUGAAUUGCAAGCCUAUGGUUGUAACCUUCCGUGCUUACUCUAAGGAUCAAAUUCUUUCAAUACUUCAAGAGAGGCUCUCGGUACUUCCAUAUAUUGUCUUCCAGCAGCAAGCAUUAGAACUUUGCGCCAGGAAAGUUGCGGCUGCGUCUGGAGAUAUGCGGAAAGCUCUUUGUGUUUGUAGGAGUGCGGCGGAAAUUCAUGAAGCAGAAUUAAGAGAAUGUGCAAGCAACCUGAGUUUGACAUCAGUAGAAGGGGAGUUCAUUAGUCAGCAGACAGCUCCUGCUCUAGAAAUCUUCCAAUCACAAGAAAAUAAUACUGUGAGGAUUGAUCAUAUGGCUCUUGCAUUGUCAAAGGCAUUCAGAUCACCUAUAGUUGACACUAUACAGUCUCUUCCUCAGCAUCAACAAAUUAUACUUUGCUCUGCUGUGAAGUUUUUCCGUGGUGGAAAGAAGGAUACAACUGUUGGGGAGUUAAAUAAAUCUUAUAUUGACAUCUGCAAAUCAUCACUGAUACCUCCAGUUGGGAUUUUGGAAUUUUUAAGUAUCUUGAGAGUGCUAAAUGACCAGGGUCUUUUCAAAUUAGGUCAGUCUCGUGAUGAUAAAUCAAAGAGAGUAACACUAAAAGUUGAUGAAGCUGACAUCUCCUUUGCACUGCAGGGAGUUCGAUUCUUUAGGAACUGUCUUCAGUAAUUCUGCAUAAACGAAUUACUGAAGGACUUGUGAUAGCUUUAAUAUGGUGGCGGUCUCGAAUUCAUCGGCUUGCCUGCUCCUGACUUAAGGCAUGCCUUUGUAAGCUUGCAUGGCAAACCUGGAGUCAAAGAUUAUUCUACUUCAGCAUUACAAGUCAACAAUAUUGAGGGGAAUGGCAUGAUGGAACCCACUGGCCACUGCUUUCUUCCAGUAAUGUUAGAGAACUUACAAUUGUUGACAAUUUGAUACAAACUGCAAAUUUCAAACCUAGGAUUUUUUUCCCUUUUUUGUGCCAGAAACUUUCGAAAAUAUAUAAA